AUGAAUUACAAUAACGUAAAAGAACAAGGGGUUUAUGAAGCAAUAAAUGAAGGGAUGGAAAAUGAAACUAAUAUGAAAAUUAAUAGUCAGGAUUAUUAUAAUUUGUAUGGAAAUCAUAUUAAUUGUGAUAACAUAAAUAUAAAUAACGCAAAUGAACAUAUUCCUCUUGGGACUCCAUUAACAUAUAUUGCUGGGAACCCAGAAGAUCCUAUACAAAAUGUAAAUAAUGAAAAUAUGGAUGGUAAAAAAAGAAUUCACACAGAUAGAAAAUAUACUGGUUAUUUUGUUUCAUAUGUAACCUUCUUAAUAAUUAUUGCAUUUUAUCAUUUUUAUUACGGAAAAUAUGCUCGUAUAUUAUAUGGUACUAAUUAUAAUGGGAAGACAUGUGGGAGUGAUUUAAAACAUCAUAAAUAUUUAUAUUUUCCUUUAUCUCCUAAAAUGUCCAAACCUGAAAUAUUAAACAAAUAUGGAAAAUGCUUGGAAUCAUGUCCAACAUCUGAUGAUGGUUCAAAAAGAAAAAUAGAUUUAACUAAAGAUGCAAAUAAAAAUACUAAAAGCAAAGGAUUUUUUGAUGAUUCUUAUUUGUUUUCUGAUAAAAAUAAAAAAAAGGUUGUUAUGGAUAAAAAAGGAAAUACUACAACAAAUGUAGUUUAUAGUGAUUAUACCAAAAGUUCAAAUAGUAACUUGUAUGUAGAAUAUUCUUUAAAUUCACCAUAUUAUGAUACUACUAAUAUAAUGAAUAUAUGUUACCCUAAAGAUAAAUCAUUACGAGAGAAAGUUAUAAAUAUAGUAUUUACAAAUAGAUAUAAAACGUUUGUUAAUUUAUUUUCUUUUCAUAAUUCUUUUUAUUUAAUGGUUAUUUUUGUUUUUAUUACAAUAAUAUUAUCUUUUAUUUACUUACUUAUCUUAUAUCACAUACCAACCCCUUCUUUUCAUUUGUUUCUAAUAUCAUUCCUUGGUACUAUGAUAUGCUUCCCUAUAUAUUUUAUUCAUAAACAUCUAUAUUUAUUAUUUAAUCCACUAAAGGGAUCCCUUUUUUCUUAUCAUUAUUUUAUUUCUAUUUUAAUAUGUUUCACAAUAUUUGUUCACGGAAUAAUAUCAUUAUUCAUCAUAUUUAUAUAUAGAAAUACAUAUAAAUAUACCUCUAAAUUAAUAGGAAUUAGUUUAAAUUUUAUAAAUACUAUAUCUAAUAUACUUUAUGCACCAAUUAUAAUUGCAAUUAUAUCAUUUUUAUGGUUUCUUAUUUGGGUUUAUACAUAUAUUUACAUUAUGACAGCUGGAUCAUUAUAUGAAAAAAGGUUAAAUUUGGAAUUAGACUCUAAUGGGAAUAGUGAAAUAGUAUCUCUCCAAAAAUUUUUCUAUUAUUUCAAAACUUCAUAUAUUUUUUCUAUAUUUUGGAUUUAUUUAUAUUUUCUUGUGUGUGAAAUAUUACAAUCCUUAAACCAAUUCACCAUAAGUUAUUUAGGAGCUGUGUGGUAUUUCAGUGAUAAAGUUCAUUUUCACAAAAGCAUAAAUGCUGGAGAAACCAUGAAAACAAUUCUGGAUUAUCAUUUUGGUAGUUUAGUUUUAUCAAGUUUUAUUAAUUUAUCAAUCAAACUUCUACGUGUUUUAUUCUUUUGGGUAAAUAGUACUUUAUCCCUCCCCUUUUUUUUUAACGAUUUAAUUUAUAACUUAAAAGAAAGAUUUAAUUUCAUAUUAAGGCCUGUUUCUAAACUCAUUGAUUUGCAUACAAUGUCUGCUUAUUGUGAAAUGUCUAUGACAUCAUAUCCAUACUUAUUUGCUUGUGAUACUUCAUCAAAAAAGUUAAUUAAUUCUACUUCACCAGCAGCUUCUUUACAUGGAACAACAUAUGUAUUGAAUAUAAUAUUUCCCUGUUUUACUACUAUGAUUAUGACAUUCCUCUCAUUUAAUAUAUUUAAUAAUUUUCAAAGAUAUAAUGAUUUGUUCUCUCCGAACUUUGUUCCAAAUCCGUUUUUUGCAUCUUUUGUAAUUGGUAUCUUAUGUGGAAUAAUAACAUCUUAUUUUAUUACAACUAUAUCUACUUUAGCUGAUACUGUUUUAUAUUGUUUUAUUUGUGAAUGCUAUCAAAAACAAAUGAUUGAUGAAAAUCCUUUAAAAAAAAUAUUUACACCUAUUCUUUUAAGAGAUUUAAUAUUAGAUAUAUAUGAUGAAUAUAACUCUAACUUAUAA